AUGGAGUCACAGCGGGAGAUGACGGAGAUGUACGAUAAUGCUCUGCUGGGAAUCCUGCAGCAUGUUGGAAACAUCCGGGACUUCCUUCAGAUCUACUUCAGGUUUUUGUAUCGCAAAACCGACUUUUAUCGCCUCCUGUCGAGUCCCAGAGACAAGAUGGGCUUCCCUCCUGGUGUAGCGGAAAAGAUGGUGCUCAAGACAUUUAAGCAGUUUGAAAAGCUGGCAGAGCAGGACAGAGAGAGACAGCUGGUCCAGAUACAAAAGAGAGCAGAGAGUAGACUCGUUCCUGCAGCAGUUCAGGAGCUGGAGGUCGUCUCUGAGAAGACAGAGGAGACAGAGGAGCUGAGCACAGAGGGAGCACAGAUGGAGAACAACAACUCCCCCCUGGAUGCUGGGGAUGUUUCAGUCCCUGCAGACACGGAAGCGACCGUCUGCCCUCAGCCUGAUGCUGACAGCGGCGGCCGCAGUGAAGUUCCACGGCGGUCAGCUCAGGGAGACCAGGCAGCUGCAGCCAGCACUGACUCAGCAGAGGAGAGUCAGGAGAGAUUUCAGUCUGACCCUGACAGUUACAACGGCGCAGUGAGAGAAAACUACAGCUGGUCCCAGGACUACACCGAUGUGGAGGUCCACGUGUUUGUGCCCAAGACAGUGAUUAAAGGCUUUCAGGUUAGCGUCAGUCUGCAGACCAGCAGCAUUCAAGUGAGCAUGAGGGAUGGAGCCAUGGAAGAAAUACUGAUGAAGGGAGAAUUCACACACAAGAUCAACACAGAGAACUCUCUGUGGAGCCUGGAACCUGGACGAUGUGUGAAUCUGUCACUGAACAAGGACUCGGAGGUUUGGUGGAGCGCGGUGCUGAAAGGGGAGAGGGAGAUCGACGUGAACCGCAUCAACCGCGAGCGCUCCAUGGCAACAGUCGAUGAGGAGGAGCAUGCGGUGUUGGAGCGACUCACCUUUGAGAACCAUCAGAAGCUGCAAGGCAAACCACAGAGUCACGAAACGAAAGCGCAUGAGAUGCUGAAGAAGGGCUGGGACGCUGAAGGUUCCCCUUUCAUAGGGCAGCAGUUCGACCCGUCCAUGUUUGACAUCCCACCCGGUGCAGUGCAGCUCUGAGACGCAGCCGCUGCUUCAGCGACAUGAACUGAAUCUGUUAUUAUUGAACAGAGAGGUUUGUCCUUGAAGCUGAAGCUGAAACCUGAUAUGUGUUGCUGACUCUGUAGAGACCCGGAUCAUGAAAAUGAAUCAGUGUUUUCAUAAAA